AUAGUUAUUAUCCUAGCCUAAAAGCAAACAUUGCAGAGGUAUAAAAACUGCCCUGCGUGCGCUCUGCUUAGUUUGGAGGCUGCGAGACCUAGAGAGGAUGAAGGCUUCUCUUCUUGUCGUGCUUGUCAUCGCCCUGUGCGUGGAGAGCGCUUUCUCCUUGACGUGUUUCUCAUGCAAAGAUGCAACUUCCAACAUACAGUGUCUCAGUACAACCACAUGUGCUGACCAUGAGAAUUACUGUCUUACGACAUAUUCUACCAAGGGACUUGGUAGUGACCGUCAGCAAAGUAUUACCAAGAAAUGUGCCGCAUUUUGCCCAACAAUUGACCUGAAUAUAGGGAUUGCCGGUGUUGCCACUAGCUGCUGCCAGACGUCCUUGUGCAACAUCAGUGGGGCCAGCAGUGUGAAAACCAGUUACACCAUGAUAGCUGUGGGUGUCUUGGCCAGUCUUGCCUGCAUCCUCCGUCUGGGGUUCUAAAGUGGACGGGGGGAAAGGAGCUACUUGGCCUUGCAUUACAAGAGGUCGAUAUCUCAUCUGUACAGAAGUUUCUAUCAGGGUGAAUGCCACCCUGUCUCUCCUCUGGUGCGUCAAAUCCCAUCAGUAAAUAUUUUUACUCUUUCCAUGCUCUGAUAGCCAUGCACAAGAGCAUGACCCUACCUCAGAAUGGUGUUUGAAACACCGUGUAUGUACCAUACAGAGAGUACCAUACAGGAACCAUCUCUCCUACUACGUAACUUUAUAACUCUGUGCAUUUUCCCCCUUCAUUUUGGCCCAACUGUUCUCCUAUGCCUUUCUACCAUUUUCUCCCGUUUGAUAUUAGAGUUGUUAAACAGAAGCUGAGCACAAUAAAGUGUUAUUUUAGUCUUU